CUCUGUCCGGGCAGGGGCUCCGGGCUCAGCGGCCGCCCCGGAGCCUCGGCAGAGCCGCGGCGGAGGAGCCGAGCCCGGAGCGCGCCCCGUGCCGGGGUGAGCUCUGCCCAGGAGAAGUGACCAGGCAUUCAACCUAUGCCCAGCCCGCCUGGAGCAGCCCUGGAUAAAGAAACCUUCACCCAGUGGACCAGAGAAGGCUUUGGUGAGAGGAAUUGGAGUUAAAAGAAUUGCAUGCUACUGAAAAUGGAGUUGGACUCUUCCCCUUGGUGAUACUGUUUUGCUCUCCCACGGCUGUGCUUGUCCCUGACCUGUUAAUUGCCUUUGAGAAGCUCUGGAGCUGAGGGCUGCAGGAGUGCUGGAUGCCCCCAUGCCUUGAGUGCCCCAGGCUGUGACAGCAAAGUGCCCUGGCUCCAGUACAGCUUUUUCUCCAGGACUGCUGCAGCUGCUCCCCUGACUCUGUGCUUGUCCCCAGCCCCUGUGUGGAUGAGAAGAGAGGAGGAUUUCAGCCUGCCCAGCUCCCCCGGGUGCUGCCAGCUGUGAGUGUUUCUUUGGCAGUGUCUUAGCUGGUUGUUGUGAGCAAUAGUGAAGGAAGCAAUCAGCAAGUAUACUGCCCUAGAAGUGCUGCACAUUGUUGGGCCUGCCCCUGCCCAGGGGCUGGGGAGCUCAGGAGCUGAGCUGAUGCCAGGAGUGCCACGGGAUGCCACCAGGGAGGAGAGGAGAGGAAGAGGAGAUGGACACGCUGCUGCAAGUUCUGUUCUUCCCUUGUCCUUCCCCAGUGCCUCUGCAGGGCUCUCCUGCACCUCUCCCCGUGCAGAGCUGUCCCCCUGCUGCCCUGCACUUUCCCUGUUGUGUCACUCGUGUGGAACUGCUGGGGGGAGGCUGCAGGGAGCUGCAGGGAGCUGCAGGGAGGCUCCUGUGCAGCCUGGGGCUCCCAUCUCAGCUUUUCUGUCUCCCCUGUGCUGAAACCACAGCCCGUGGGCAGCCCCUGCCCUGCAUGGUGUGCUUGGUUUGCAGGAACAGCUACACCCCCAAAUCCUACAGUUUGGCCUAUUUUACAACUACUAAAUAUAAGAGGUGCAGUCCAUACCCUGUUAUAGGUAAUGAGAAUAUUAGAAAAAUAUCAUUGCUAAAUUCCCCGGAGAUCACAGCAGGGGCAGUGUUUGCAUUCUCUGGAAAUGCCUUUCCCAAAGUGCCACCCCUCCCUCCAUGCCUGAGCUGGUGGAUCUUAUGGUCAGGUCUUACAUGUAACUUUUGAUAUUUGUUGGUGGCAUGCUCUGUUUCAUUAUGGAAUAUACAAUAUUAAUAUCUUUAUUUUUCUCCACACAGCUGCAGCAUGAAGGAAUAUCCCAUCUUAAUCCCCUAAUUUAAAUUUGAAAUUAAUAACUACCACAACACUUGGAGCAUCUUUUAAUCCAUUGAUUGCUGCUGGCUUGGUUCCAGCAGUAUCACUAAUUACAUUCUGCCUGCAAAAAAAUUCUCAUUGCUGGUGGCUUUUUUUUUUAAUUUUGAGGGCUGCUGGCUGGAAUCCUUGUGCCAUCUCUGCAGCCUGAUGACACUUUAUUAUGCUAAUGAGCUGUUUAAAAUGACUGAGCAUCUCUGCUUGCUGGCAGCAAAGCCCCUGGGCUUGCUGAGGGCUGUUGUGUGUGGGGUACAAGCUCUGUGCCCUGGGCUCAGCCCCAUCCAGCAGCUUUUCCAGCCAGGAUCAGGAGGAAGCCAAGAAUGUGUAAGAGCAACCACUGGGAGUGCAGCCUUGACAGAGCUUUGUCUCGUGGGGGUUUUUAAGAAAGCCUGCAAUGAUGGUGAAGUUAAAAGAGCUCUUGGUGUCGGGUUGUGUCCAGGGGAAAUGCAGCUUCCUUUUUCUAUAAAGAACAUGCAGAGGGCAUCACGCUCCAAAAUAAAUUCCUGAAAACGUAAAGUCUGCUUGACUGAAGUUUAACAGAGUGGUAACUAAGGUACGUCGGAAGAAGAUCUUGUUUCCAAAGGAAGCAACUUGUGUGUAAAUCUGCGUUUAAAUCUGGCUCAGCAGCGCCGUGCGCUGUCCGUGGCGAGGGAGGUGUGGAUGGUGAAGGAAGGAGACGGCAGCAACCCCAGGCGUUUGCUGCUGUCUGCUCCCUUCUGUCACGCUGCUCUCGCCGGCAGGGCGGGUUUUUUCAUUGAAGGAAAAAAAAAAAAAGAAAAAAAAAAAGAAGAAGAAAAAAAAGUUCUCUGGGCGGCGGGGCCGCGGUGGGUUCGCUCCGUGCGCGCCGGCAGGAGCGGCUCCGGUCGCUGUCCCGAUCCCUGUCCCUGUCCCGAUCCCUGUCCCUGUCCCGAUCCCUGUCCCGGGGGUUCCCUCGGGGGCCGGGCCGCUCUCACAUGACGGCGGGGGCGGGCCGGGCCCCGCCGCUCCCGGGGCUGCUCCCGCGGCUGCCGCGCUCCUGCCCGGCCGGCCCGGGCUGGGACAGGGGCACAGCGGGCACGGCGGGCACUGCGGGCACAGCGGGCACGGCGGGCACUGCAGGCACUGCGGGCACGGCGGGCACGGCGGGCCGGGCACUCCGGACACUGCAUUGCUGCCACUCCGGACACUGCGCUCCGUCCCGCGGGGCUGCAUCGCGCUGUCCCCUCGCUCCGUGCCUCUGUCCCUUCUCUCCAUCCCGCUGUGCUCCCGCUCUCCCCUCGCUCUCCUCUCUCUCUCCCCUCGCUCUCCUCUCUCUCUCCCCCGCUGUCCCCGCUGUCCCGGCCCAUGGCCGCCCCGCUGUCCCCGCUGUCCCCGCCGUCCCCGUCGCCGUCCCCUCUCCCGGGCUGGCAGCGCGCCCCGGUGCUGGUGUCGUGCGCGCUGUCGUGCGCGGGCUCGGCGCUGCUGCUCUGCACCCAGGCGCGCUGGCCGGAGCUGCGGACGCGGCCGCGGCAGCUGCUGCUCUACCUGUCCCUGGCCGACCUGCUCUCGGCGCUCUCCUACUUCUACGGCGUGCUGCAGGACUUCCAGCGCACCUCGUGGGACUGCGUGCUGCAGGGCGCCCUGUCCACCUUCGCCAACACCAGCUCCUUCUUCUGGACCAUGGCCAUCGCCCUCUACCUGUACCUGAGCAUCGUCAGGGGCUCGCCCGCGGGCACGGGGCUGCUCUGGAGCUUCCACGCCGUCAGCUGGGGCGUGCCCCUGGCCAUCACGGUGGCCGCGGUGGCCCUGAAGAAGAUCGGCUACGACGCCUCCAGGGUCUCUGUGGGCUGGUGCUGGGUGGACCUGGCGGCCGAGGACCGCCUGCUGUGGAUGCUGCUGGCCGGCAAGGCCUGGGAGAUGCUGGCCUAUGUGACCCUGCCCGUGCUGUACAUCCUCAUCAGGAGGCACAUCAGCAGAGCGCACGCCGCCCUGUCCGAGUACCGGCCCAUCCUCCCGGCCGCCCCGGCCCUGCGGCCCCGCGCCAGCAUCGCGGACAAGAAGCUGAUCCUCAUCCCCGUCAUCUUCAUCUUCCUGCGCGUCUGGAGCACGGUGCGCUUCGUCCUGACGCUCUGCGGCUCCCCGGCCGUGCAGAGCCCCGUCCUGGUUGUGCUGCACGGCAUCGGGAACACCUUCCAAGGAGGAGCCAACUGCAUCCUGUUCGUGCUGUGCACCCGCGAGGUGCGGGCCCGCCUGCGCUCCCUGCUCUGCUGGCCCGGGCAGGGCUCCCGCAGCCCCCGGCAGCGCCCCCAGCCCCACGGGGACAGCGACAGGGACAGGGACAGGGACAGGGACAGGGACAGGGACAGGGACAGGGACAGGGACAGGGACGUGCCCGUGCCCCCGCAGACGAAGCCGCUGCUCUCCAGCACCUGAGCUGCCCCUGCUGCUGCUGAUUGCUGCUCUCACGGUAAAACUCCGGAGGGAGCCCGUCCUGUGCCCUGCCCGUGCGGGAUGGGAGGGCUGGGAGCGGGGACAGGGACAGGAACAGGGGUAGGGACAGAAGCAGGACAUGGAUGGGGACAGGGGACAGGGAGAAGGGACAGGAGCAGGGACAGGUGACAGGGACAGGUGACAGGGAGCAGGGACAGGGAGCAGGGACAGGAGCAGGGACAGGGAGAAGUGACAGAGAGCAGUGACAAAAAGCAGGGACAGGAGCAGGAACAGGGGGUGCUGCUGCUGCUCUGGGGGUUCCCCGUCUGACUCUGCAGCCCCAUCACGCUCCCAAACCAUUUAUAGAACUGCUCUGCUCCCUUCCCCCUGAGCUGCUCCUGUGAAAGCAGGAACUGAGCUGCAGGGCUGCCCGGCCCCAGGAACAGGACACCAGUCAGAACUGAAGGGGAAUUGGUGGCUGUUUCUGGUGUGCACACACGUUUGGUCAGCACUGCACAGAUCAGGUGCUGGGUGCCCCAGGCUUUCCCCACAGGGGGAUGCAGCCCCUGGUGCCGUCAGCACAGAAGGGAACAGAGGGGAAGUGAUUCACCCAGGCUUGCCUAGAAAGUGUCUGGGAGCAAAACUUUGACAGAGGCUCUCAAUUUCAGGUGCAAGCCUUGGCACGAUGCCCUUGCAUUGGUCUGGCUGUGUGAGCACCUCGUUUCCUGGAGUUUGACCUCACGAGCUGCAGAGUUUGUGGGGGUGUCAAAGUUAAUCCAUGGCAGAGCUCUUGGGGCUGUGUGGGUUUGUGUCUGUGAAGCAGGAACUGGUGCAGCUGAAGGAGGAGGAACCCAGAGCAGCUGUCCUGGCUGCUCAGAUCCGGGGGAUCCUGGCUGUCCAGAGCCCUGGGGAGCAGCCUUGGGAAUGGCAGGGCUCUGGGCCGACCUCUCUCCUUACACCUGCUUCUCCUCCUCCCAGACCACACACCAUAAAAACAAAGGGGUUCCUAUUUGCCACCAGUUGCCAUUUUUAAUUUGUAGAAGAGUUUUUGCAAAGGGAGCAGGAGCCUCGUGAGCUGUCUGGGGAGGGAGGGCAGCUGCUCCAGGCCCCCAACUGUCCCAAGCUGCUUUUUUGGCUCAUUGCAGUCAUUUUUACAGCAGGCAGCAGUUCCAUGGCACAGAGUCCCAGGGGGCUGUGGGCAGGGGUGAGUCCUGCUCUUUCUUGAAGCCUUGGCCUUCCCUUUACAAUUAUAUUGGUAUAUUUAAACCCUAAUGUGCACAGGCUGUGUAAACACGGGGAGUCCUCAGGAGCUCCUGGGGCUCUGCUCUUCAGCCUCCCUGGAGUCUUUGAAAGGUAGAUGGAAGCAUCUUAUCUAUGCCAUAGAUUACUUCAAGAGGUUUUUUUCCUCCUUUCAAAAGGCUUUUAAAAACUUCUGAAAGCUGAAUAGCAACCUUGAUAGCUCAGCCUCUUGUGAAUCCCACAAGGCUUGGAGAGAGGAGCUGUGUUCAACUUCUUGCAGAGAGGCAGGACAGAAAUAUUUAAAUUUUAUGAGACUGAGUAUCAUGCUGUGUUCAGUUUUAUUGGAGCCAGCCUGGAAGAGAGAAAGUAAAAUUGUCACCAACCUGGCUUAAGGGAAAACAAAACAGCAGAAAAAACAACACCAAAAAUAAUCAAAACAGAUUCCAUGGUCUCAGUUUGCCUUUUUCCAUUACAGAGCUCUGAGAAAUGCUUUUGGAGGAAUGUGCCAGGGUUACAUGUCCAGCUCCAGGAGUGUGACUGUGUCCCUGCAGGUGUGGGGUGGUGGCACAGCCUGGGUGGUGGCACAGCCUGGGUGGUGGCACAGCCCGGGAGGGUGGCACAGCCUGGGUGGUGGCACAGCCCGGGAGGGUGGCACUGCCCUGGAGGGUGGCACUGCCCUGGAGGGUGGCACAGCCUGGAGGGUGGCACAGCCUGGAGGGUGUUUGUCCCUCGCUCUGCAGGUCGGGGGUGGUGGCACAGUCCCCCAGAGGGAGCUGCAGCCCGGGGAAAGCAGUGCUGGAGAGGCUGAGCCUGGAGAGGCCCCGUUGCUCACCCCAGUGCAGCCUCUGCUCCUCAGCCGUGUUGGGAUGCUUUGAAUGAGCUGCUCAGCUGCGCUCCAGUGCAGCUCCAGUGCAGCUCCCCUCCUGCCCUCACCCUGCACUGCAAACCUCAGGACUGUGUGGGUGUUGAGGUGACCCUGUGGGGCAGGAGAGCCUCAGGAGCUGUGGCAGGACUGUCCUGGCAGGGAUUUCAGCCGUGCUGUGCCAGCCUGGCCCCCGUUCUUCACUUGGGCAGGGACAGCAACGCUUGUUUUGUGCUGGUGAUGGGUGUUUAUCCCUCCUGCUCCUCGGGGUUCAGGGUUUGUGGUGGCAGCACGGGGGCUCUCCUGAGGGCAGCAGAGCCCUGCAGGCUCCCCGUGCCCAGGACAGGGCCAGGCUCUGAGCCCCUGGGCUUUGGCUGGGGAGGGGAUGGAGCUUUGUGAGCCAUCUGCAGAGAACGUUGUACCUCAUUCACAGCUCCUCACUUGCUUGUUUUUGAAGUGUUUUCUCCAACUUUUACCAAAUAAAGUUCCAUUUCCUUACCAGGACAGUGCCCAGCGUUGCAUUUGUGCAGCAAGGGUGGGAUCUUGUCUGGCUCUUGGUUGCAGAGCCCCAGCCCUGCUGCUGCUCCCUGCAGAUCCUCACGGCCCCAGCCCUUUCCUGCUGCUGGGGAUCAGCCUGCCCAACCUCCCUGUCCUCCUUUGAUGGGAGCCAUGUGUACAGCUGAUAAAGGCUGUACAGGCUCUCUGUGAAUUAUUUUCAGGCAGAUCAUUCAUUUCUCAAAUCCUUGUUUCACCUAAAGGCCUGUGUUAGCUCAGGGGCCCAGAACAUGGAACUAGCCUUGCCUGAAGGUGCAAUUCCUUCCCAGAAUGGGGGUGAGAAGGUCACUGGUGGAUCUGUUCUGUCUCCUCAGGGUGGGCACUGCAGCAGGACUGGCUGCCAACCCUGCUCACACAUCACGCUCUAGAGCUCACCACUAACGUUCUCCAGCAGGUUUACUGUCCUGGAAACCAAGUCUGCCCUCUUAAUAAUUUUAUUCCCCCUAAAGAUAUGAGAGUUUCAUAGGAUCCAGCCUUGAGCACAGAUCACUGGGCUGAGGGUGAAUAAAUCCCUGCACAUGUGCAGGGGAACUCACGGGGAGAGUUGGGUGGGGGCAGAGGAGACACGAGUGGAGUUAAAGUCUGCAGGCACACAUGGCCUGGGGUGAGGAGCAGAUGUAAACCCUUGGUACGUGAUGCAGCUGAAAUGGAAAAUGUGCCUGUACAAUGCCUGUAAAAUCAGCUCUUUGCUCAUGCCUGGCUCUGUCCUUUGCCCAAGUCCAACAGGAUCCCGGCUGCUGGAGACGUCACACCCCUGCAAUCGCUUUGAAAACCCAACAAGUUGAUUUACUGUCCUGUCUCCCUUCACCAGCCUCUCUUCCAAGAUCACCCCAGAGCCAAUUACAACUUUAGAGAUGUUGUGACCACAUUCUUGCUGUGUUUGGAAAAUAUUCAACUCUUCUGCUGCCAUAAGCAAAUAUUUACUCUGAUGAGGGGUUUUGAUUACAAACAUUUGUGUUCUCUUUGAUUCCUGUAUGCUUCAAGAUUAUUUCUUCAAGUUCAGGAACAGAAUUUAAAUACCGUGAUAGAGAA